AUGGUACACAAAUCAUCAAACUGCAUCAUGAGUUUCAUUUCACACCAUAUCACUACUACUACUACUACUACUACUACUACUACUACUACUACUACUACUACUACUACUACUACUACUACUACUACUACUACUACUACUACUACUACUACUACUACUACUACUACUACUACUACUACUACUACUACUACUACUACUACUACUACUACUACUACUACUACUACUACUACUACUACUACUACUACUACUACUACUACUACUACUACUACUACUACUACUACUACUACUACUACUACUACUACUACUACUACUACUACUACUACUACUACUACUACUACUACUACUACUACUACUACUACUACUACUACUACUACUACUACUACUACUACUACUACUACUACUACUACUACUACUACUACUACUACUACUACUACUACUACUACUACUACUACUACUACUACUACUACUACUACUACUACUACUACUACUACUACUACUACUACUACUACUACUACUACUACUACUACUACUACUACUACUACUACUACUACUACUACUACUACUACUACUACUACUACUACUACUACUACUACUACUACUACUACUACUACUACUACUACUACUACUACUACUACUACUACUACUACUACUACUACUACUACUACUACUACUACUACUACUACUACUACUACUACUACUACUACUACUACUACUACUACUACUACUACUACUACUACUACUACUACUACUACUACUACUACUACUACUACUACUACUACUACUACUACUACUACUACUACUACUACUACUACUACUACUACUACUACUACUACUACUACUACUACUACUACUACUACUACUACUACUACUACUACUACUACUACUACUACUACUACUACUACUACUACUACUACUACUACUACUACUACUACUACUACUACUACUACUACUACUACUACUACUACUACUACUACUACUACUACUACUACUACUACUACUACUACUACUACUACUACUACUACUACUACUACUACUACUACUACUACUACUACUACUACUACUACUACUACUACUACUACUACUACUACUACUACUACUACUACUACUACUACUACUACUACUACUACUACUACUACUACUACUACUACUACUACUACUACUACUACUACUACUACUACUACUACUACUACUACUACUACUACUACUACUACUACUACUACUACUACUACUACUACUACUACUACUACUACUACUACUACUACUACUACUACUACUACUACUACUACUACUACUACUACUACUACUACUACUACUACUACUACUACUACUACUACUACUACUACUACUACUACUACUACUACUACUACUACUACUACUACUACUACUACUACUACUACUACUACUACUACUACUACUACUACUACUACUACUACUACUACUACUACUACUACUACUACUACUACUACUACUACUACUACUACUACUACUACUACUACUACUACCUACUACUACUACUACUACUACUACUACUACUACUACUACUACUACUACUAUACUACUACUACUACUACUACUACUACUACUACUACUACUACUACUACUACUACUACUACUACUACUACUACUACUACUACUACUACUACUACUACUACUACUACUACUACUACUACUACUACUACUACUACUACUACUACUACUACUACUACUACUACUACUACUACUACUACUACUACUACUACUACUACUACUACUACUACUACUACUACUACUACUACUACUACUACUACUACUACUACUACUACUACUACUACUACUACUACUACUACUACUACUACUACUACUACUACUACUACUACUACUACUACUACUUACUACUAA